UGUCCGCCCUGCAGCCCACAGCGAGCCCGCCGCGCCGCCGCCGUCCGCGCCCGCCCGUCCGCCCGCAGCCUCGCCGCAGCCCGCCGCCUCGCCAUGCCCAACUUCGCCGGCACCUGGAAGAUGCGCAGCAGCGAGAAUUUCGACGAGCUCCUCAAGGCGCUGGGUGUGAACGCCAUGCUGCGGAAAGUGGCGGUGGCGGCUGCGUCCAAGCCGCACGUGGAGAUCCGCCAGGACGGGGAUCAGUUCUACAUCAAGACGUCCACCACGGUGCGCACCACCGAGAUCAACUUCAAGGUCGGAGAAGGCUUCGAGGAAGAGACCGUGGACGGACGCAAGUGCAGGAGUUUGGCCACGUGGGAGAAUGAGAACAAGAUCCAUUGCACACAAACUCUCCUCGAGGGGGACGGCCCCAAAACCUACUGGACCCGUGAGCUGGCCAACGACGAGCUCAUCUUGACGUUCGGCGCCGAUGACGUGGUCUGCACGAGAAUUUAUGUUCGGGAGUGAAGGCGGCGGCUUGCCCCUACUUUGGGGGUGGGAUGCAUGUUCCCCUGAGAAAUGGCGUAGGUCUGAGCUGCCAGUGGACCCCCCUUACCCCAUAUCGACGUUAGGUGACCCCCUUUCCCCGUGACGGUGUUGUAGGGUUCCCCCAAGGCCUCUGUACCCGAGUCCCUGGCGCUCCGUAGUUCGGCCUCUGCAUGGUUUCGCCCGUCAUUAAACUGGUGGCCACA